AUGGGUGCUUUAACAUUGGGUGGAAGCGGUGACGAGUGGAAUUAUAUUCGGGAGCUGAGCAAUGUUACUAUGAAUAGAUGUGAUGAAGAUGGUAAUCAAGAAGGCAGUGGGCAAGUCCCAGUACCUUUAACGACAUGCGAUCUCAACACAGCUUCCACUCCUACUACAGUUUCAUCCGCAGUUUCGCUUCAGUUUCUUUCAACACCCAGUGCUGUAAUGGAUGAGCCAAAGGAAAGCGGUCACUGUCAUGUUUGCAAUAAAAUGCAACCAUAUUCUGCUUUCGUUAUGCUGCCAUGUAAACACGGAUUCUGCAAUCAAUGUACAUCAAUUAUCAGUCAAACCCAACUGUGUCCGUUGUGCUUGAGUAGUGCAGCAGUUGGAGGACUUCAGUCUUCGUUAAGUAGCAUCACUGCCAGUCCAAGUCCGCUUUUUCCAGGAACUUCAUCACAUUCCGGAGAUGUUACUGCCACAAAUCUUUCGCUCGAUUCUUCUUUCUCAAUAUGGGAUCCUCUUUCACCGAAAUCGCUUAUCAAGCACGAAUUACAACGCUCAAUGGUACAGACAUCUGUUCAGCAACGGACUAAAUUGUUUCAUUCUUCACAACAGUUGUCAGACACUUCGGCAACACAUUCGCUGCUUGAUCCAUCUUUACUGGCCUUCCAAAGUGGUGCUGCAGCUGCUGCAGGAUUAUUUUCACUACCUCCCCAACCACUUACUACUACCUCAACAAUAAAUUGGCAUACCGUUCCAAGUGCUGAAAUCCAGCAGACGUUCAGUGAUAAUGCGGUAGCAACUGUACGUUGCAUGCAAUGUGAUGAGACGUUGUGUAAUGAAUGCGUUGUUGCACAUUAUCGCAUGCGAGUUACUCGUGAACACAAAGUGGUGCGUAUUGAGGCUUUCAAAGGAUUGCCGCUAUCUCAAUUGUAUACGACAAGAGAACCAAUUAAAUUCGAAAAUUUACUUGAAACAGAAACAUGCAACACUCAUGAUUCACCGGUAAUUUGUACUUGUAUAACAUGUGGAAGUGCAUCACUUUGCAAUAUAUGCAUUACGGAUCACUCGAAACACCAACUUGUACCUUACGGCGAACUGAGAACAUCGUUGCUGACGUUGAUUGCGAGCUCAAAGCAUGACCAAAAAAAUCUAGAAGAUGCGUUGGAAACUGUACGUCGAAUGUUAGAAAGGGUGGAUGCUUCUGUACAGUCAGCUAUUCGUGAACUACGAUCAGCGAUACACUUACAUAUCAGUGCGCUGGAAGAAAGAAAGCGCGAUUUAUUGCAGCGCGUUGAUACCAUUCGCCAGACUAAAAUCAGCACAUUGAAAGCCCAGGGAGAACGACUCGGACAGCGUCAUACAGUUUUAACUGAAGCUCUGAAAGCAGCAGAAAUUGUAACAGCAGUCGGUGAAGGAAUGGAAAUCCAACAACGCAGUUCAUUUGAUGCACUGCUUAGUAUUUUGCGGGAACCAUGUUUGUAUCUUGUACCAAAUGAAACUGACUUGAUCAAAUUUAUACCACCCGACAAUACUUUUAUUUCAAAAUUGCGUUCUUUGGGAGAGCUAGAAAGCGGUGCUUGCGCACGAACAACACACAUUAUUGGUGAAGGAUAUAAGCGUGCCAUUCGUGAUCGGCUCUGUACCAUUUUAGUACAAACUCGUGACGCCUGCGGCGAUGCUUGUACAUCAACAAGCCAUCAGGUGUCUGCUUCGUUGCUUAGCCCCGAGGGUCGUGCCCUAGACAUACGCAUUGCUGAACAAGAUGGAGGUAUUUACUCGUUGACUUAUUUUCCAAUCGAUGAAGGCAAUCACUUUUUGGAUAUCAAAAUUCGAGGUGUUUCUAUUUGUGGGUGUCCCACGGUAAUCUAUGCACGAAAAGGUCGGAAUUAUGGAACAAUUGCUCGGACAGGACCAUUAUUCUCGUUCGGUUCAGAAGGUAGUGCUGAUGGACAAUUUUGUCGACCAUGGGGAAUUUGUUGCGAUAAUAAAGGGCGCAUUAUUGUAGCAGACAGAAGCAACAACCGUGUACAGAUUUUCGAUAAGGAAGGUAACUUCUUGCACAAGUUUGGUUCUCCAGGAACUCGUCCAGGACAGUUCGAUCGCCCAGCAGGCAUUACCAACGAAAUAGUUGUGGCCGAUAAGGAUAAUCAUCGUGUGCAAGUGUUCAGUGAACGUGGAGAUUUUCUGCUGAAAUUUGGUGAACGUGGCCGAACUCCUGGUCUUUUCAAUUAUCCAUGGGGAGUCGCAGUAAAUUCAUUUAAUCAGAUUGCGGUUUCGGAUACUAGAAAUCAUCGUGUUCAGAUGUUUUCGCCGCAAGGGCAUUUUAUUCGUAAAUUUGGUUUUGACAAUUCACUCUAUAACUACAAGAAUCUGGAUUCACCUCGCGGCGUUUGCUUUUUACAUGAUGGCCAGCUGGUUAUUACUGAUUUCAAUAAUCAUCGCCUUGUGGUGAUGUCAUCGCGUGGUACAGUUGAUAUGAAAAUGUAUGGCAGCGAAGGUGAUAAUGAAGGUUCGUUUUGUCGCCCCCAGGGAAUAACAACGGAUAAUGAAGAACAUAUUCUCGUCUGCGAUUCACGUAAUAAUAGAAUUCAGGUGUUAAGCUUGGAUGGAAUGCAGUGCGUUGCAUCAUUUGGUGGUGUAGUACCAGGACUUCCAGGUGACACUGGUAGUAGAGCAGACGGAGAAAGUGCUAUAACACCACUAGCCAAUAUGUCCGCAGCACACACUACUGUAAAAACAUCUUCAUCUCCUCAGCUGUCCACAUCUACAAACGCCUCGCAACUUUCAUCACUUGAUCGUCCUACCGACUUAUGCGUUUCACCUGAUGGCUUAAUUUAUGUUGUAGAUUUCGGUAGCAGCUGUAUUCGUGUCUACUAG